GUCGUUAUGCGGGAGUGGUCUCUGAUGGAUGUAUGGUGUCGUAACUGAGUGACUGAGAACCGGCGUAGUUUUAUCGCGUACAGUUCGUUCGCAGUUCUCACCCUCCCUUCAAUUAAUUCAUUAAUUACAGACUGAAUCUAGUCAAAGUAUAUUUAAUCACUUGGAACGCGCGCGUUACACCUUCAGCUGUAUCAGUGAAUUUAUUUAAGUAUUUAUUGUACAAAAGACUUUUAACCUAGCUGACACAAUGUCCGUGGACAAGGAGGAAUUGGUGCAGCGUGCGAAGCUUGCUGAGCAAGCUGAGAGGUACGAUGACAUGGCAGCGGCGAUGAAAGCCGUCACCGAGACGGGGGUUGAAUUAUCAAAUGAGGAGAGGAACUUGCUCUCGGUCGCAUACAAGAACGUCGUCGGGGCGAGGCGUAGCUCGUGGCGAGUAAUUUCCUCCAUUGAGCAAAAGACCGAAGGAUCAGAACGUAAACAGCAGAUGGCCAAGGAGUACCGAGAAAAAGUUGAAAAAGAACUUCGUGAGAUCUGUUACGACGUUUUGGGGCUCCUCGACAAAUACCUGAUACCCAAGGCCAGCAAUGCCGAGAGCAAAGUAUUCUACCUUAAGAUGAAGGGUGAUUACUAUAGGUAUCUAGCGGAAGUUGCCACUGGUGAAACCAGAAAUGCUGUGGUAGAAGACAGUCAGAAGGCUUAUCAGGAUGCGUUUGAAAUCAGCAAGGCGAAGAUGCAGCCGACCCACCCCAUCAGGCUAGGUUUAGCCCUCAACUUCUCGGUGUUCUAUUACGAAAUCUUGAAUUCGCCAGACAAGGCCUGCCAAUUGGCCAAACAGGCGUUCGAUGACGCGAUCGCGGAGCUGGACACAUUGAACGAAGACAGCUACAAAGAUUCCACGUUAAUCAUGCAGCUGUUGCGCGACAACCUCACUCUCUGGACUAGUGACACGCAGGGUGAUGGGGAUGAACCACAGGAGACCGGCGACAACUAACCACCCUCCUAAGCUUAAGUCCUACCCUUUCUAAUCUAAUAAGAAACAUCCUAUUCUCUAUCGUCCCCCGUCCUUUCAAGAGCUCACCCACCCACCCUCCAACCUACCACUCAAAAACAUCCAUCCACCAUCUCUCCAUAUGUCCUUUUGUCCUUUGUGUAUCCUUCCUCUCCUCUCCCUCUUUCCAUCUUAAUCCCCCUCAACCCGUUCAUUUUUCCCAUUUCCUUUUUACUUCCUCCUCGGAAACUGACCUCUCUCUCCUGACACAAACGCACGCUGCUGCCGAUGCCGGUUUCCGAACUCAAUAAUAAUCCUCUAGCCUGUCUUCGAUCAGAGGCUGAGAAGCUAGACUUCCGUCAACGUUUUUUCCUCUUCGUAUUUCUGAGGAUCAUCGACGACAAUAGCGGAGAGGAGACAAAAAAGAAAAGAAUAGCGAGGCUCUACUUUGGAAGAUGUAAAGAAUUUUCCCGCACUAAGUCACUGACGAAAAGGGGGAGAGAAGCAUCGCAUCGCCACUCGACUGAAUGCGAUAUCUACUCGUAAGAUAUUUUCGCUGAAACGCGCUACCGAGUAGCCAGUGCCAGUGGAAUCACGAAAACGUGAAGAAGAGAAUAGACGGAACAGCCCACAAGAAAAUCUACUACAUUAUAGCCAGUUGUCAUUUAAAUUAAAUUUCACAUUUGUCUAGCGAAUACGAUAUUAUUAUUAUUAUUAUUAUUAUAUCAAGAGGAAAGCGCAGGAGGAAUAAGGAGAGUAAAACAAAAGCAAAAAUACAUUAAGUUAUUAAGUUCCAAAUAUCAUCAGUGGUGGAUUGAUUUCGCGUUCGAUGUGCUCGGAAACGUACACCGUACAACGCAACACACGUCUUUUUCCCUCACUUCUCUUUCUUUCUUUCUUUCUUUCUUUCUUUCUUUUGCCGCGAGACGCUUCUCUCCUGCACACAUGUUUGUUUUUUUUAAUCUCAGUCCCGAGGUACUUGAGUUACCAGCGUUAUUUUGUAACUAAUUUAGUGACAAAGUAAAGGAGAUUUAAGAAGUAUGUUCUGGUUUAACGAGUACGUCAUUAUUCGAUUGGAAAGUGUGUUCAUUCUGGGAAGAGGAGGAGGAGGAGGAGGAGGAGAGUCAAAUCAGUUUUAGUGAUAGUCAAAAGUAUUUCCGUGCGGAGAAGAAAGGGGGAUAUGGAUGAAAAGGUGAAUAUAGUGAGAGGGUGAGAACAUUAUUAGGGGAUAAGAGAAGAAAAGGGGAAUGCCAUUAAAAGUGCAUGUUUAAAUCUUCGCCUGGAAAUACCUUUGUUAAGGAUAAAUAAUUUUGUCAAUUGUACAAUCGUGAAAGUAUAAAAGGUUUUAAAAGUUUGUAAGUCCUAUAUUUGUCCUCAGUAUUUGGUUGUGCGUUUUUCUCAUAUUAAACAAUAAUUAAUCAUGAAUGCAGAUUGACUGGCCAAUGGCUGUUUUCCGAUGUUAAUUAAGUAAGAGAGAGUGAGAGAGCAUUCCAAAGUAAACUUGCAAGCUCACUGCUAUCGCCACUAUCCUCGAACUAAUACCUCGAGAGAGAGAGAGAGGAAAAAAAAGUCUCCUCUGAUUCUCUAUUAAAUAUGCGUACAUAUAUUUCAUUAUAUGUAUAUAUACGCGUGUGUAACACACAAGCGAUACACCGACACACAGAGAGACAGACACGUGACACAAAAUGUAUAUUACAGGAAACGACAAAGUAACGAUAAUUGAUAAUAUUACACUGUUUGCUGUCUUCGUGUUGGUAUUUUUUUUUCGAUGUAUCGAUGUCCGUCGCAACAAGAGAUCUCGGCAGAGAGCAACGCACAAUCCAAGGAAAAGCUCGUCAGCAGGAAUAAUCGUAGUGUUUUCGCGAGAGAAAUCUGGAUUGCAAAAAAUCAGAUUGCAAACCAGAUCGUGGGUAAUCGUUGCUCGAUGAAGAGGAAUAUUAAGCGAAAAUGCGUUACAGAUUAAGAAGCCUUCUUCGAGGAUUCAUCUGUUGUUUUUUUUUUUUUUUUUUUUUUCAUUUUUUUUUUUAGCACACUCGGCAGGCCAACUGGUGUAGGAGGUAAAGAGAGAGAGAGAGAGAGGGUCAGUUGCAGAUAAGAACUCGCGCCAGCGGGCCUUCGAAUGUACUUUUACUCCAAAGUCCUUGUAAUUUUCCUUUUGAAAUUCCCUCCCGAUUACUUUUCCCCUUUCUCGAGUUCUCAAUUAGUCGUUCAUCUCUCCCAAAACCCUGAAACGCAAUUAUAACUCGAGUUUUCACGCUCGAGGGCGGAAGAGCGAAUAAUGCCACACCUUUAGCGGCGGCAAUGAUCCCGCUGUUAUUCUACUCCAGUGUUGUAUUGGAUAAGCUUUUUCUUUUCUUUUUUUCAUUUUAUAUAUAUUUUUUUUUUCUACUUGAUAUUUGGGAGCUUCCUCCACGAGACGUGUCGAGUGCGUUUAUUAUUACUGACAAUUGAGAAUUAUAUUAUCACACGCGCGUCAUUCUUUUCCGAAUCGACUCGACUCACAUCACGCGAAUCCUCUCCUCAUCGACACAAACGACACUUUAUCCAUCACCCUCGAUUUCCCUCGUCCCGAAUUACGUUGUUCUAUUUGUAUUUAUCAUCAACCAUCGUAAUUGUAAAUUAUAAUUAUUAUUAUAAACGUUUACACGAAAUAAUAAAUUCUGAUAAAAUGUCUGAAAAACCA